CGGCCCAGCUUGGAGACCCCUGAGGCCCUGGGGGAGAAACCCGCCCACCCAUGCCCUGCCUGCCCUCCCCUCCCCUCUGCAGGCCGGAGCAGCUUCUACGCAGCCUCCUGUGACGAUGAGCCGGAGCAGCUGGACGGCUGGAACCGCAUCGCGGAGCUGCAGCAGCGCAACCGCAUCUGCCCGCCUCACCUGAAGACCUGCUACCCUCUGGAGUCCCGGCCCUGUCCGCUCCUGACCACCAUCACGGACGAAGAGGUGAUGACCGGAGACCCCAAGGAGACCCUCCGGCGGGCCACCAUGCUGCCCUCCCAGAUUCUCGAGGGCCCCAGCACCCGUCGCAGCACGCUGAGCGCCGCCUGGGCGCUGGGAGGGGUGGCCACGCGGCAGCAGCGGAAGCGCCUUUCGGACGAGCCCCAGACGGGGCCGGGGACCCCCGAG